AUGCGCGAUACUAAACCUGCAAGUAAGGCGCAAAUCGCAAAGUACGAAUAACCAAGAACGCGACACGACGUCUUCGUAACUGGUCGUUCGAGUGGUUAAAAACUUCAACACAGCGCGGGAAAUCACUUAAUGGCAACAAUGCAGAGUCUGUGGAGUUGGCGAGCCCUAACCGUGCUUCUGAUAGCAUCACGUGCCUUGGCUGCGCCAUUAGCACAAACUUCAGAUGGAAGUGAAGAAAAAUCCGAUAUUCCAGUUGAACAAUUGGAAAAACUCAAAAUCGAGGACGCGUCAAAAGACAACCAGGAAUUGAAGAGCGAGCAUAUCGAAUAUCACAGUCUUGAUACAGUACAAUCCAACGGUGAGUUAGUAUCGCGGCUCGAACAGCACGCAACGGCAGAUUCGGCGAAUGAUGAAAAGCCCAAAAUUCAUGCUGAAACCCAAGUAGACCUACCAUCUAAGAACAUUCAUAAAACCCUCGUGCAGGAUGGAGAACAUAUAAGCCUGGUUGAAUCUACUUCCGCUCCAAGCGAGGAACAGACUACUAAGGUAUUUCACGGAGCAGCUCGACUAAUUCAACCCGGUUCAGCAACUUCGAAUCCAUCAAAUGGUCACACUGCGGUACGUCGGGCGUUCAACGCCGACAUCACCAAGGAAACCAAGAAUAACAUGGACCACUAUUCAUCAUACGCCGGUGUACAAUAUUCGCCUCUGGACAUGGCUGAAUAUGUCUUCUGGACUGGCGACGAACAUGGAGUAACUAACGCAAUAGAGGAAUUUCUUCAAGAGGGCUUGAUGAACAAAGAAGAGGCCAUAGCGUUUCUACAAGAGAUAAAGUUUAACAUCGACUAUCUUCGGGCACAUUACGCUCAAACCAUUAACGCUGAAAACGCUCAGCAAGAUAAACUGAGGAACGCACUUAUAGAACAAAAUGCAAAGAUGUACCAAUACAGACCAAUGCUCCAAUCCUUCCCAUUCGGUGGCAGCCCUGAUAUCGUCCGGUCAAUCGCGAGCAAAUCCUGGGACAUGAGCAAUAAUUUAAACGCUGUGCCAGCCCUACCAGUCUCAACUGAUCUCCGACCGGAGAUUGCGAAACGUGGCUAUGAUCCUAUGCUGCAGACGAAUGUUAUCAGUACGUCUGACUAUGACCGCGAUGGAACCAUUGUGAGUGAAGAAGAGUAUGAAGAGAUGAUGGAUAAACUUCGAGCUGCUGACACCCUCUACACUGAGUAUACCCUGGAAGAGAUAAUCUACCAGCUAGCCAAGAUGAUGUUCUCACAGUCGCUAUCCCGGGAACCUGCGAGUGCGCGUGCGUCGAUGCAAAGAUUCAUGACCUUCCUAGAACUAGAAGCCGAAAGGGGACAGCUAUCCAGGAACAUUGAGAAGAAAGUUCUCGAUGUCAUGAUCGCAGCACUCACAGACACAAUCGGCGAUCACCCGGAGCUCUUGCAGUCCAGAGACGGCAUAUCCGCUAAUCCAGCUACAAGAAUUAUGCGACAAUUUGGCGAAAGCACACCAUCCACGGCCAUGAAUCGGGCCAUUCUUUCCGCCUACAAACACGAACUUCUGAAGGGACCUCCCCAUCAUUAAGCUUCACAAAAACAUUCUUACCGCUCAAAUACUCCUAUUUCGGACCAAUGUUUUGUUCAAUCCAUUAAUUUAUAUUCGUGUUGAUUCUGAUGUAUUCUUAAAAUUUCCAAUCACUUUAGGUUGUAUCUUUGACAUUUACGAUUUUGUAUAUUAAUAAAAAAACAAAUUGAUUUAUAACUUUGUCUAAGUCUUUAAAUUAUUAUUUUUAUAUAAACACCGAGUUAUUUUAUAUUUUUAAUAAUUUAACUAUUCAGUAAGUUAUAACAAUUGUAUGUUUUGUUAUAAUUUUCUUUGGAAUUUUUUUAAAUUUAAUUAUGCGUCAGAUUUAACACCAAUCCACAGUUAAACAUCAUUUUCUAUAUUUUUAAUCAUACACUUAUAAACUAUAAUUGGAUUCUAUUUGUUUACAAACAAAAAAUUAAGUAUAUAUUUAAUUUUGUCAAAAAAAUACUAUCCUUUUAAUAUAGCCAAAUUAUAUUUAGAUUGAGGAGUUCUGUCCUGCUUUGAAUCGAAGCAGUGAAAGUAUAUAUUUAAAUAAUUAUGGGACUCUAAUAAAUCAAAUUCUGUACUAUAUAUUAUUUAAAACAAAGAAUAGCGCCCUCUAUUGGCAAUCUAUAAAAUUGAGGAUUCUUGAAACUUUUAUAAACUUUCAGCCAUACUGUUGUAUUAUAUUUCCUCGCUCAAGCUUGCAAUAUUAGCCUUUCAUACAAAACAUAUAUUGUACCUGAAAAGAAUCCCACAGAGCAUCACAUGACAGUACGUGGUGACAUAUUCUAAUAACUAUUUACCCAAAUAUUUCUUGUGUAUGUCAUAGUAGAUAAAUUUUACGAUGUAUGUAGGAAUAUCUCAAUAUCUAGAUAAUAAUUAUAAUCGCUAUAUCUCUUUGAUAUCAUCAAAAUAUCACAUAAUAAUGCAAAAUAUCGUGUUUAGAAUGUUACUGUUUGUACUUGAAUAAACUAAACUCUUCAUUAAUAUAUUCUAUAUGAUUUUAGAAUAGUAAAACGCCUGGUAAUUUUGUGAACUCAACUAUUUUUAAAAAAUCUAGCAAACGUAAAAGCAAUGACGGUUUGGUUUGGUUGUGGUUGGUUAAUAGCAUCUCUAGUCCAACGUUGUCACGAAACAUAACAUAACAGCAAAGGAGUAAAACUCCCACUUCAAUCAUUCUUAAACAUUCAUUCGUGCUCUUCGAUAGACCCCAACAUCAGAUGUGAUUGUAGCUAAAUGUGUCUGUCCAGUUCAGUAUAAAAAAAAUCAUAUUUUUUUUAUAAAAUUGUAAUAUUGCAAUAUCAACACGUACCUAUUGAUGGUGGUUAAGAUAGUUGUGUAUACAACAAUACGUUCAUUUUCGUCGAUUUCCCUAAUCACAAUCAAACGUUUUCUUCUUUUUGACGUUUUUAAAUCACCCCGGCUUUUCAAUUUUUGAUACCGGGUAUGUUAAGAUUAUUUAUUACGUAUUUGUUGAUACCAAAUCAAAAUGAACAAUACAUAUUUAUACAAGUAUUAAUUUCCGCAGAGAUGAAAAAUCUACAAAUAUUAAUUUAAAAAUACUUAUUUCUUUCUACUUUUUAAAUUGUUUUUUUUCUAGCGGUAAUUACCAAUUUAGUAUUAAUUAUUCUGUUAUCAGUCUCUACAUACCCGACAAUAUCUUUUUUUAUAGAUUAACCUUCUACUCAUCCGUACUUUGAGUUGAUAUUUUAUAAAUAUUAAGACACUAUAGUCUUUUGUUUCUGCGAGUAUGAGAUUUAAACAACCUUUUACAUUAUUUACAUAAGUCGAAGUUUCGAGUGCUUUACAGGAAUUGUGAAUUUGAUAGGUUUGAUUUUGAGUUUGAUUAAAAUGUUUAUUAAAGGACUUGGUAUCACUUGCCGUAAUGUAAAUAAUUUAAUCAAUUUGGGCUUAUUGAAAGAAUUUUAAUUGGAAACUUAAUAGACAAUCACAGACAAGUCAGUCGUUACCAAAUCGUAUGUUAGCAAGUCCCAAUCAUAAUUUACCUACUGGACAACUCUAGUACGGUAUACUUUCAUACUUUUAGUUUUCCUAUAACCGAUAUUUUGCAAAUAGUCCUAUAUAUUUAAGAAAGUCACGAUCAGACAUAUUAAGACUUGUAAAUUGUAAUUUGGUAUAAGCUGCAUUAGUGAUCUGCAAAAUUUAAUAUAUUUGUAAUAUUCUUUGAAUUGUAUUAUGGAUUUAAUAAAAAAGAUUUGAUGUCA